UCUCCUUUAUUAUCUUCUUUUCUUUAUUCUCUCCAUUCUCCAAGGAAUCUAUCUCACAUUCACACUCACACUCGCUCACAAACACAUAACAUUUUCUCCUCUUCUUCCAUUUCACUCUUCCAGACUACUCACCCCCUCUACACUCUCAACACUGCAUACAACAACAACAACAAACAUAUACAUGGCUGCAACUACUGCUUUUUCUUGUUCUGCUUCUUCUUCUUCUUCUAUGAAGCACACUACUCAGCACCUCAACCGAACCAAACUCCUCAUGGAACAACAACACCCAACCAAGCAUCCAUAUCCUAAACUCAUACGAAUACGCGUCACCGACGCCGACGCCACCGAUUCCUCCAGCGACGACGAACCACCUACCCACUCCUCCACACGCCGCCGAGUCAAGAACUUCGUCAACGAGAUCACCAUUGCCCCCUCCGCCCAAGAAGCCACCGAUACACUCGCUUCCAACAAGAGAAAGAAGAAGGCCAAGUCUACAGCUGCCAUCGCAGCUCCGCCCAGCCGCCGGCGUCAGUCAAAGGCCUUCUCCGGGAAGAAGUUCCGGGGAGUGAGGCAGAGACCAUGGGGGAAGUGGGCUGCUGAGAUAAGAGACCCUUCUCGCCGCGUUAGGUUGUGGCUGGGAACCUACGACACCGCCGAGGAAGCUGCCAUGGUGUACGACAACGCUGCCAUUCAGCUUCGCGGCGCCGACGCUCUCACGAACUUCAUCAUUCCGCCGGCGCAGUGCUCGGCGGAGGAUAACAAUUCCAGCGAAGAAGAAUGCACUCCAAUCAGCAACAAGAAGGAGAAGAACAUGUUGUCUCCCACUUCGGUUCUUCUUCGAUGUUGUUCGGAAGAAACAGAAUGCGCAACCGCCACCAGUGAAGAAUAUGAGUAUCAGAGCGAGUCAAUGUUUCCGAUUCCGAACGAUUCACUCUUUGAUUUCCAAACAGAGGAGAUUUUCAGCGAUGAUUUUUCAAGUGUGUUUUUGAGCUCGAUUGACGAGACUCUUUUGGAUUUCGGUUUCAAGAGUAGUAGUCCUUGGUACACAGAUUAUGAUGACACUUUCCAAGAGAUUGCGGAUUUCUUUGUCUCCGAUCCUCUUGUGGCUCUCUGACUACUCACUCUUGUUCCAUUUUUGUUCUUCCUUGCUUGCAUCGCCAUUUCAAAGAAGAACGGGCAAGUUUUGUAUCGGCGGGAAACAAAUGUUGCAACUUGCAAGCAGUUUUGUUUUAAUUAAUUUCACUUAAUCCAACAUCAAUGUAUGUAUUAUUAGUCUUCAAUCUUCAGUUUGGUUGUAUCUGUGUUCUAGUGUAGUGCGGUCCACCCUAAAAUAUGUAUGUUUUGAUUUUAGUUGUGCAAAUUCAGGAUUUUGGAAGAUGAGGGCAAUUUGAAGGGUCUAUUUUUGUGUUAGUUGGUAAAAUGAAUCAUAGAUGAAAUGAAAGGCUCACACGCACAUCUACCGUGAGCAGUGAAGUUGUACGUAUGUCCUCCGUCCAGAGUACUUGAGAUGAGGAAUUUAUCUUUUCAGUUUUCUCCGUAUUUAUUUGUGUUGCGGCCUCUACUUAAUGCCUUCAGCUACAUACUCACCAAAUA